AUGGAGCGCUGGAAGGGCCGCGUGGCGCUGGUGACGGGCGCCUCGGUGGGCAUCGGCGCGGCGGUGGCGCGGGCGCUGGUGCAGCACGGCAUGACGGCGGUGGGCUGCGCCCGGAGCGUGGACAAGAUCGAGGUAGCCCGGGAAGGGAGGAGAGGAGGAAAGGGGGAAGGGGAGAGAGAGCAAGAGGAGGAGUGGGGAAGAGGAGAGGAAGGGAGGAAGGAAAGGGGGAUGGAGAGAGAGAGAAAGGAGAGGAGAAAGGGAGGGAGAGAGGAAGGGGAAGAGGAGAAGGAAGGAAGGAAGGAAGGAAGGAAGGAAGGAAGGAAGGAAGGAGAGGGGAAAAGGAAGAAGGAAUGGGAAAAGGGGGGAAAGGAAGAGAGAGAGAGAGAGAGAGAGAGAGAGAGAGAGAGAGAGAAGGAAGAACCGGAAAAGAGAGAAAGAACGAAGGACGGAAAAAGGGGAAGAGGAAAAGAGAAGGAAGGGAAAAAAGGAAAGAGAAAUGGGAGGGGAGAGAAAAAGAAAGGAUGAAAGGAAGAAGGGAAGAAGAGGAAAUGAGAGAAGGAAAGAGAGCAAAUAAAUGGAGAGAGAAGGAAUGGGAAGUAGGAGAGGAAGGAAGGAAAAGAGGGGGAGAAAGGGAUGGGGAGAAAGAGGAAGAAAAGAGAGAUAGAGGGGGAAAGGGAAGGAAAACUGGGGAGGAAAGGGAAAGGAGGGAAGGAGGAGGCGCAAGGAGAAUGGAUGAAAGGAGGAAGGAAACGGGAAGGGGGAAAAUAGGGAUAGGAGGAGGGAGAGGCUUAGGGGAAGAGAGGCAACCCAGGGGAGGGAGAAAUGGAAGUGGGGGGGGGGGGAGAAGGGAUAAGGACACUUUUGGAAAAGGAGUAAAGAAGAAAGAGGAUCGGAGAUAAGGAAAGAGGGGAAGGUGUGUGGGGAGAAAUGGGUGCAGUUUUCGCGAAGGGAAGGUAUUUUAACCAGGCCUUUUAAUAAACUGGAUGGAAUUGUGUUGAGAAGGGACAGGCUGAGAGAGGGGAGGGGGGGCUUACGGGUGGUGGGGAUUUUUUUUGGGGGUGCGGGGGGUCUUCCUUAUUGGUUCUCUCAGAAGGGGAAGAAGACUCUAAAGUAUGUGGGGAAACCUCUGCCUGACCUCUCCCCGCCCCCCUUUCUCUCCAUCGCCCUCUUUCUCUUCGCUGCUCCCGCAUUCAUUCAUUCAUUCCGCAGACAAUGCUCAGAACACAUGGCGUGGAGGGCGGGCGAGAUUCUGCCUGGCUUGGAUCUGUUUACUGAGCGGGGACGGGGGGGGUGGGGAGAUGCGUGUGUUGAAUUGGUGGAUGAGGGGGAGCUGCGUGUAGCAAGGGAGGGGGGCAAGCCGGCGCCGUUGGGGUGCAAAAAGUAGAAAGGGGUGGGUGAUCGGGGCGCGUAUUUUCCAUUAACUGAACAGAUGGGGCGGAAUGGAAGGCAGAGGCGUCUCUGCUUGCAAGGGGUGCCCCCAAAGCGGCCCUUCUUUCUCCUUUGUUGGGGUGUGUGUGAAUGGGUUAUAAAGUGCAAAAACCAACCCCCCCUGUACUUUUAGCCUUUUCCAGAAGAAGGUGUUCUCUGUGUGUGGUUUUCUUUAAAUUGAAAAUUCAAUCUCCCAGUGUUAGAAGAGUUUCUCAUCAAAAGGAUUGUACCUACCAGUCACACCUUUUUUCCUGGUUUCUAAGAUGAAGACACCUUUUUAUAUUGCCGGGCUAUAUAAAGUCCCGUUUCACUUUUUCCAAAGAUCAUCUCGACACUGGAAGAAUUAGUUUCGGUUGAAUGACGGCAUUGACUUUUCGCAGAAAGCUUAUAGGCAAUGCCAUUUCCUUAAAUCCAUCUUAUCUAUCUGCCUGCCUGCCUGUCUGUCUGUCCGGAGAGAUAGCUUUUGAAUUUAUUUCAGGCCCCAUCAGCACUUUACAUUUAAAACAGCGUUAUCUCACUUUUAAGCAGUCGCGGCUUCCUCUCAAAGAAUCCUGGCCACUGUAGUUUGUUAAGGAUGCCAGGUCCAUGGCAGAGAAUCUGCUUUGCACGCAGAAGGUGGCAGCUUAAAUUCCUGGCAUAUCAAAUGAGAAAGACCCCGGCUGAAGCCCUAGAGCUGCCAGCCAGUGUAGGUAAGAGAUGGGGAAUUCCACCUGUCCCAGGUGGCAUGGUUAAUGGUGGAAAUUGUAGUCUAGGAGGAUCUUUUGCAGGGCCACAGGUUCCCCAACCCUGUUCCAGUAUUCUUCAAGUUUCCUUGUUGGACUGCAACUCCCUUCCUUCUGGGCUGUUGGCUGGCUGUGGACCAUGGGAGGUGUAGUCCAGCAACCUGGGGCUCCCGAGGUUCGAAGAACGCUAGCCUAGAUUAUGUGGAAGCAGAAGGACUUAUUUUGAGCCAGCUCAAAGUGGAAACUAGUGUGCCAACGACUCCCAGCCCCCAGCUUCCUAUCCUCAGUGGGGCAGACCCAGAGUGUCUUAAAAAGGCUGGAGGAGUCCCUGUUUAGCUGGCGGUUCUGCAAUCUCUUGGAAAAAUCAGAUAGAAUCUCUGAGGGCAAAGUGUGCAAAAGAUUCAAAGGUUGCAGGUUUCAAGCAAUUGCACGGUUUAUUUGCGUUUGGAAGAAGGGAGUAAAUAUUGGCAUUUCCACAGUGUUCUCUGUGUGUGUGUAAUACUUUGGGACUGAGGCUCUAAAAAGUUAAAUUGGGGAACUCAGUGCCACAAAGUGUGGUGAUGGUCCCCAAAGUAAGGUCAGUUUACAGGUUUUUGUUUUGAAACCAGGGAUGGGGGACUCCUGACCCUCCAGAUGUUUAUGGACUACAACUUCCAUCUUUCCUUACCGUUGUUCAGAUUGGCUGGGGCUGAUGGGGCCUGUAGUCUGACAACACCUGGAAGGCAGUGGGGAAGGUUGAUGUCUAGAUUGCUUCUGAACUAGGCGACUGGUUUCUCUGUCUGAGCCUCUGUAGCCUUGUCACCCUACUCAGUCUGCCCCAGUGGCAGUCUGAUCCUGCUGGACUCCCUGAAAUUGUGGGUCUCCUUCCCUGCAGAGGUGUUGACUGACACCUUCAUUAUACAGCUUCCAGCUUUUGACACUUGAGGUGUAUAUUUUAAGGACCCACCUUGUUUUUGUUGCCUUAAGUUGUUUUAAGGCUGCUUUAUUGUCAUCACCUGCCCUGAUUCAUUGGAAAUUUUUAAGUAGAGGCUGGAUGGCCACCUGUCAGGGAUUCUUCAGCUGGGAUUCCUGCAUUGCACGGGGUUGGACUAGAUGACCCCAUGGUUUCCUUCCAAAUCCACAGGUCUAUGAUUCAGUAAUAAUAAUAAUGGUAAUAAUUUCACAGUACAGAUACAGUAACCACCAGUCCACACAUCUUAAGUUAAACAUAUGUUAAUAUAAACCCUCCAAAUAGGGUAUUGGCACAAAACUGAUGUCUCACUAAAUGUGCCUCACCUUACCUGCUUAGAACAACAAGACUUUACAUCCGUUGUAGGUUUAAAGGUUAAAAAAAUAAAUCACAAUAAUUUCAGUGCCUCUCAAAUGGAGUGAAUGUACAAGCCGGUUAAAAUGCCAGAUCCUUGUUGGCAUAAAGUUAAUGGCACACCCUUUUGCUGUGUGUGGCUGCGUGCGAUGAGAAUGCAGGGGAAAGAUUCAUGCAUAUAUUUCCGCCUUCUGUACAAGAUGUGCAGGAGCCCCCUUGGAAAUAUGGAAAUAAAGUUGGUGCUCUGUUAUGAGGUGGUUGUGGCAAGCUCCUCAAACACCAGUAUCCGUGUCAAUGUAACCAGGCCGAUAUUCCCGAUAAAUUGCCAGCAGUUUAUUAAUAACCCAACCCAGGUGGGUGAAUGGGUUGCCUGCAGCCAACAAUGUGUGUCCAAAAUGAUUUCCAAUAUGUUGUUCCUCUUUUCCCAGUGUUCAACAUUCUUAUGGGUCCAUUUUUUAAAAUUAUUCUGUAUCCUUAUAUCCCACAUUUCCUCUAGGGAGCUCAAAGUUGUUCUGCCCCUCCCCAUUUCAUCUUCACAACAACCCUGUGGGGUAGAGCAGGUCGAAAGCCCCCAACCAUUACAUCCCACUUGUCCUUUCAUUCAACCAGCCCAGUGUUCUGCUUGCAGCAGUGUGGUGUAGUGGUUAGAGUGGCAGUCGUGAGGUGGGGCGGCGGGGGGGGUGGAGACUUGAAACUGAAUCCUGAUACCACUGCAAAAAGUCAUUGGGUGUCCCAUUCACUGUUUUUCAGCUGAACCUACCUUGCAGGGAGGCAGAGUAGAAGCAGAACUGUGCCUCUGGGCUUUCCACGCCCCACCUCCACCACCAAUCCGUGUGUGUGUGUGUGUGUGUGUGUGUGUAUAUAUAUAUAUAUAUAUAUAUAUAUAUAUAUGUAUUUUUCGCUCUAUAAGACACACCAGACCAUAAGACACACCUAGUUUUUGGAGGAGGAAAACAAGAAUCUCAGAAGCCAGAACAACAAGAGGGAUCGCUGCGCAGCGAAAGCAGCGAUCCCUCUUGCUGUUCGGGCUUCUGGGAUAGCUUCGCAGCCUGCAUUCGCUCCAUAAGACGCACACACAUUUCCCCUUACUUUUUAGGAGGGAAAAAGUGAGUCUUAUAGAGCAAAAAAUACAGUAUACACACACACACACACACACUUCUAAUGAUCCAAAUCCUUUAUUAUUUUAUUCACAUAAUAUACAUUCUUUACAACAAACAACUCCAAAAUAAACAGACAACUCCAAAAUAAAAUCCUUGUCAUUAUAUGGGCAAUGGAAAGCAAGCAAACAAACAAAACCAACCCAGGAGAUUGCAAGUGUUUCUGCACUGCAGUUGGCUUAGCUUUCGGGAAGGGAUGGCGAUCCUCUUUCAUCCCGAGGGCUGCAUUACUUUCUGGACAAUCCCCCCAAGGCAAAUUCCCCUUUUAGCUUCUACAACCUGCCACCUUUCUGCAUUCUCCAUCUGGACGAGCAAAGGGCAUAGAAUUAUUGAAUCAUGGAAUUGUCGAGUUGGAAAGGACCACAAGGAUCAUCUAGUCCAACCCUCUCUUGCCUAACGUGGGGCUCGAACUCACGACUGAGAUUAAGUCUCACUCUCUACCAACUGAGCAUGACCAGAACAGCGUUCGAAACUCAGAUAUAUAAGCUAAUCUCCAAACGACCCCUUAAAACUAGCUUAUGGUCACCACAGCACAAUGUCUAGGCGCCAUUUUUUUGCUGUGAAAUUUGUUGUUGCUGCUAGUAUUUCAUUUAUAUUUUAAAGAAAAAAUCUCAAAGCAGUUUACAGCACAUUCAGCAUCAAAGAAAGCGAUCCAGAAUAAAACAAAGGGAAAUAUUUCAAAUCUUUCUCUAAGCAAGGUGCGGUUUUCACCAUUUUGUGGUUUGCCUCAGGGGCCAAAAUGUCUUGGGGCGGCCCUGCAGGAAGGCAAAAACACAAAAAGAGAUUUCUGGCGAGGAGGUUUGGCUUGAGAGGGGCUUUGGCUUGGGAAGAGUUCUGAGGGCCAGACAGAAAGGCAUUUGGCCCUCAGGCCUCAGAUACCCCAUCUGUGUUUGAAAGUGUUUUCUAGGGUAGGGAUGGCAAAAUAUCAACUUCACCCACCCUGGGUCUUCACUGACAGCAAGGGCUUCCUGUUUGAGCUGAGAUUUGGCCUGCUCCAUGACAACAUUCCUAAUUUAUUGUGUCCCUUUGACUGUGUUUCCUGGCUUUGCCCCUCCAGGCUGCAUCCAAACUACGAGCCCUGGGCUCCCUUUUGCAGAUACAGUAGUACCUCGAGUUAAAUACGCUUCAGGUUAAAUACGCUUCAGGUUACAGACUCCGCUAACCCAGAAAUAGUGCUUCAGGUUAAGAACUUUGCUUCAGAAUGAGAACAGAAAUCGUGCUGCGACGGUGCGGCAGCAGCGGGAGGCCACAUUAGCUAAAGUGGUGCUUCAGGUUAAGAACAGUUUCAGGUUAAGAACAGACCUCCGGAACGAAUUAAGUACUUAACCCAAGGUACCACUGCAUAUUCUUUUGUAGAUAUGUUAUUGCAGAGGAAUGCUAUAUCUUUCACUUGGCGUUGGGCACUCCUGUCUCAGAGGUCAGCAUCCAGUGUAUAUUUAGCUCUCAGUGUGCACGCCCAAGUAGACGUGGGCGUUAUCAGCCGGUGCUGUAAUCCUGUCUUGCAAGGUAAUCAACCCUGGGUUGGGCCGGGCUUGGGGGAUAAGGUAUCUUGCAAAGCCAGGCACCAAAGAGAGCGAUGCUUAUCAGUCACUGUCUCUGCGUGGCGUUGGUGUGUCACCCAGGGCUUGAAGGUUGGAAGGUUCAGGACCAUCAGAAAAGCAAGUACUCCCUCUUCUUCGUCGAUCACUCGUAGCCGAGUAAGAUUGUCUUCCAUAAACAUGGUUUUAACAAUGAGUCCGUAAGUGACUGUGGAGGCCAAUUCUGGAUCCACACGUCCUUCCACAGUGGGGACAUAGGUUUCCGGGUGGGAGUUGAUCACGGUGAGGAACCUUGCCAAGUGUGCCUUCCUCUUAGCUCGUUUCUCCCUUUUGUCCUGAGUUCGAGCAUCUUCAAAGUCCACGACACCUUUGGUAAAGGCUGUUCUCCAACUGGAGCGCUCGCAGGCCAGUGUUUCCCAAUUGUUGGUGUUUAUACCACAUUUUGAAAGAUUUGUCUUGAGAGAGACUUUAAACUUCUUUUGUUGACCACCAGCAUUACGCUUUCCAUUUUUAAGUUCGGAAUAGAGUAGUUGCUUUGGAAGACGAUAAUCAGGCAUCCGAACAAUGUGACCAGUCCAACAAAGUUGAUGUUGAAGAAUCAUUGCUUCGACACUGGUGAUCUUUGCUUCUUCCAGUGCACUGGUAUUAGUUUGCCUGUCUUCCCAGGUGAUGUGUAAAAAUUUUCGGAGACAUCACUAAUGGCAUCUCAGCCUGGAUAUCUCAAUUGGUUAGAGCAUGGGGCUGAGAAUGCCAAGGUUGCAGGUUCGAUCCCUGUGUGGGACAGCUGCAUAUUCGGGUUGGACUAGAUGACCCUUGAGGUCUUUUCCAAUGCUACACUUCUAUGUGUCUAUUUGAUGUUCAAUGGGGAUGUUCUUAUGUUCUGCUGGUUUUGUCCCUUGUAGAAUUGCAGUGAAAUGAAGCCCUCUCUCUGCAUGACUGAGAGAGAUCUGGGCAUAGACCGAAUGUAUAAUUGACCUCAGCAUCUUCUUCCAAAUCUGGUUGCUAUGAGAAAUAGCUGGCAGCAAGGAAGCCUCACUUCUCUAUCGGAAGCCUCAUAAAUCAACCUGCCUGUGGGUGUCACCCAUUUGUGUUCUUUUUCUUUUAUUCAAAAGGGGUGUUCGCUUCUCUCUGGAAAACUGUUUUGCAGUCCCAAUUGGAAUGUUGUAUACACCCCCACCUUGAAAAAAACCUUUAAAAAGGAUGAUGCAAUGCUGGAAAAGGUGCGGAAAAAAGCAACCAAAAUGAUUGGCGAGGAGGGGAGGGUUGGAGUGCCACCUGAGCUCUGGAGAAAGAGCAUAAGAACCUUGGAAGAGUCGUGCAUAUGGGUCAGGCCAAAGCGGAGCCCCCCUGACCCAGCAUCCUGUCCUCACUGUGGCCAAGCAGAUUUCCCUGGAGGGAAAACUCAAAGCAGGUCCUGAGUGCGAGAACAGCUUCUCUCCACUUGCAAUCCUCAGCAACUGGUAGACACGCCUCCUAGUCAUAGCUGUCAACUUACAGAUUUGAAAAUAAGGGACCAGCAGCCUCGAAAAUAAGGGAUCAGCAGCCAAAAUAAGGGAUUUUAGUCAACCAGCUGAAAUACGAAGUUAAAAGGGACCAGAUAAUUUUGGAGAGAAGUCCCGGUUUUUGGCCCUUCAUUUCCAGAGGUUGCUGCUCAAGACACCAGCCGAUGAAACACUGCAAUUAAAUAACUACAACCAGCAACCACUUUUCGCGUAAAACGAAGUCCAAGCUACGAAGAUGCUGCUGCAGUUCUGUAUCUUUUCUCUUGUGGUCCAUCUGCAGCUCUCAGUUCCAUCAAGCGGGGUGAGAGGAAGAGAGGGGGGGAAAAUAGCGCCCGAAGUAAAGCCGCAGAUCAGACCAUCUAUGCUAGUCUACCACUACAAAUCUAUGGGAGAAGUGCUUGCCGUCCUUCUUCUGCUUUCCCCCUCUAUGGUUAGCCCUUGGAACACCUGCCCGCACCUCCGCCUCCUCCUCCACUCUCUGAACUGCUUUCUCUAUGGUUGUCCUCACUCUCCUCUCAAGGCUCCUGAGCAAUUCAUAGGCCAUGCCAGGCUGCCCAUCUCAUCCGGGUCCUUCGGUGGCGCAGUCGCAGUAUGGCCGAGCGGCAGUGGUGGCGAUGGGCAGAGGGGAGGUCCCAGGCAGAGACACUCAGUUUGGGGGCCGCGAGGAGGAUGGCGGCGGAAGGGCCUGAGGCUCCUGUCAGUCCCGGCGGGGAGAGGCUCCCGGGGGCUGAGGCUGGUGAGAGGAGGCCGGAGGGGGGCGGGCUGGGCAGCCAAGCAACACAGUUGGAGCCUCCCUCCUCCCUGGCCGGCAGGGAGGAAGGGAGAGGAGCUGCUUCCUUUGAAACCCAGGAAAUUUAAGGGACAUCAUCAAUAAGGGACAGCAGCGGGACACAGCGCUGGGAUAAGGGAGUUUCCCGCCAAAUAAGGGACGGUUGACAGCUAUGCCCCCAGUCCCCAUGCCAUGCCCCUCACUGGCACUGGCCAUAAGUGUGUGGCUGGAAAAGUCCUUGGAAUUGUGUCUCAGAAUUGUGCCUCUUUCUUCCCUGGAUGGAAGAUGGAGAGGGUGUGUGUGCAGAAGCUAGCCUGCUUUGCAAAUAUGACAUUUGCAUUCAUCUCUCCACCCACUUUUGCGGCUGGCCCCGCCCACCCCAGCAUGCGGCCCCUGGAAAGUUGCCUAGACUGAAUGCGGCCCUCAGUCUGAAAAAGUUCCCCGUCUCUGAUCGUUUCGCAGCGACAUUGGUUAUGAACGGGUUACUCUGCCUGCAUUGCAUUGGCGAGCUUAUCCCAUCUUUCUAACUUAAUGAGUUCUAGGAACCACUCUCUUUUAAAGUUUGAGAUUAUGUUUUCCUUCUCUUUUUCUUCCGUUCCUCAGAGAACCUGGCCAAGGCAGUCUUUGCAGAGAUUAGCAAACUCAUUUAAUAAUCUGCAGCUGUUUGGAAUCUCGCCUUCAAUAAGAUUAAAUCGGAUUAAUAAUGGGUUUCAAUGCCCCCUUCAGGAAUUACGUGUUCGAUGUCAAGGAAAUGCAUCAUCAGUGAGGCUGAGCAUGCUAGUCCUUCUUUUGUUGAUGUUCAGAUGAACCUCCAGCUCCUGGGCAUUGGGAACCUUGCGUUACAGAUAGGCUUGACUGUGCUUAACCGUUCUGGGUAUAAAAUGAGACACAGGAAAGCUCUUUAUACCAAGUUAGACCACUGGCCCAUCUAGCUCCAUAUAUUGUCUACACUGGUUGGCAGCAGCUUUCCAGGGUUUCAGCGAGGGGUCUCUCCUAGCCCUGCCUGGAGAUGCUGGGGAUUGAACCUCCUGCAUGCAAAGCAGUUGCCCUUCCAUUGAGCUCUUGUCCUUCACCUAAAAAUAAGUUAAGAUUCUAGUCCUCAUGCCAGUCCGGAAUCAAAUAGGAAAGUAGGGGGCCACUGCCUUAGUUGGCCCAUUAGCCCAUUUAAGCCCUCCAUUGUCUACACUAUUGUCUAGUGAUGUAUGGAAGUGAGAACUGGACCAUAAAGAAGGCUGAUCACCGAAGAAUUGAUGCUUUUGAAUUAUGGUGCUGGAGGAGACUCUUGAGAGUCCCAUGGACUGCAAGAAGAUCAAACCUCUCCAUUCUUAAGGAAAUCAGCCCUGAGUGCUCACCGGAAGGACAGAUCCUGAAGCUGAGGCUCCAAUACUUUGGCCACCUCAUGAGAAGAGAAGACUCCCUGGAAAAGACCCUGAUGUUGGGAAAGAUGGAGGGCACAAGGAGAAGGGGACGACAGAGGACGAGAUGGCUGGAGAGUGUUCUCGAAGCUACCAGCAUGAGUUUGACCAAACUGCGGGAGGCAGUGGAAGACAGGAGUGCCUGGCGCGCUCUGGUCCAUGGGGUCACGAAGAGUCGGACACGACUAAACAACAACAACAUUGUUUACACAAACUCGCAGGAGCUCUUCAUGGUUUACUUGGAGAUGGCUGGGAUUGAACCCAGAACCUUCUGCAUGCAAGGCAGAUGGACUACCCACUGAUAAUAAGAAUUAAUUUAUUUUUUUUAUUCUCCACCCAUCAGACUGGGUUGCCCCAACUACUCUGGGCAGCUUCAACAAAAUACAGAGGGAAAGGUGGGGGGAAAUCAAACAUUAAAAGCUUCCUGAAACAGGGCUGCCUUUAUAUGUCUAUGAAAAGUUAUAUAGUUGUUUAACUCUUUGACAUCUGCUGGGAGGGCGUGCCACAGGGCGGGUGCCACUACCGAGAAGGCCCUCUGCCUGGUUCCCUGUAACUUUAAUUCUCGCAGUGAAGGAACCGCCAGAAGGCCCUCAGCACUGGACCUCAGUAUCUGGACUGACAGAUUGGGGUGGAGACACUCCUUCAGGUAUACUGGGCCAAGGCAGUUUAGGGCUUUAAAGGUCAGCACCAGCACACUGAAUUGUGCUCAGAAACGUACUGGGAGCCAAUGUAGAUCCUUUAGGACCAGUGUUACAUGGUCCCAGCGGCUGCUCCCAGUCACCAGUCUGGCAGCCGCGUUCUGGAUUUUGUUGUAAUUUCCAAGUCACCUUGAAAGGUAGACCCAUGUUGAGUUCAUUGCAGUACAGUGGUACCUCGGGUUAAGUACUUAAUUCGUUCUGGAGGUCCGUUCUUAACCUGAAACUGUUCUAAACCUGAAGCACCACUUUAGCUAAUGGGGCCUCCUGCUGCUGCCGUGCCGCCGGAGCACGAUUUUUGUUCUCAUCCUGAAGCAAAGUUCUUAACCUGAGGUACUAUUUCUGGGUCAGCGGAGUCUGUAACCUGAAGCGUAUGUAACCUGAAGCGUAUGUAACCCGAGGUACCACUAUAGUCCAAACAAGAGAUAACCAAAGCAUGCACCACUCUGGCAAGACAGUCUGCAGGCAGAUAGGUGGGGCCUCAUCCAUACCUUUAGAGCCACAGUCCUUUUGCUGUUUGACCCACCACUAGGUUUCCAUGCCACCGAAAUGCCAAUAGCGACAUUGCUUUGUGCCAUCGAUUCCUGACCGCCAAAGUGGCAUAGUAAAAACAACAAAUUGCUUAGAUCUGCUUCUUUAUUUUUAGCAUGCCAGCAGUCAAAAACCAGAGCCCAUUUCCCAAUCAAAGCAGUUUCUCAUUGCUGAGGGGUUCUCUCUCCCCCCGCCCCCCGUGCAAGGUAUAACCACCGUGUGAAUAAUUUUAAAUUCUCCCCUUCCUUAAAUGCAAUUUGAUCGCUACCCUUUGACAUCCAUCUUCCUUAUUCAAAUGAUGCUCAGAAAAAAGAGAGAGGAAAGGCUCUGUCAGUUAGAGCUCAAACCUUCGCCUUACCUCGCCUGAGGAUUGCGCUUCCCCCCCGCCUCUUCUGAAGAGCUUUGAUGCUCACCGGAAGGGACACCCCGUCUCUGACCUGUCAGCCCGGGAGACGGUGACAAGCUUCAGGAGAGCGAGGAAACGUCAUGUGAUGUCUGGAUUCCACAGCCUCCAGCUCUGAGGCACAGAAUCCGGUCAACGUGGGACCUCAGAACCUCAGGGCUGAUCCCCUCCCCUGUCCUGACGAAACAACAAAAAUAACCCAGUGGUUGUUUUGCUGUUAACUGGGGUCAAGGACUUCUUUGAAAUGUGGGAAGGAUGUGUGCAAUAAUGCCCUGAAACGCUUGCCGGCUGGUUUCAUUGAAUGACCUUGAACUGCGAUGAGAGAGGGACGAAAACAGACGUCCACUUUGUCAUCGACAUCGCCAUCAUCUGCACUCCAUGCUCCGGUAACUUCCAGAUUGGACUACUGCAAUGUGAUCCAUGUGGGGCUGCCCUUGAAGGCGACUCGGAAACUUCAGUUGCUUCAAAAUGCAGCAGCCAGAUUGCUGCUUUCAGAUCUCAUAGAAAAGCUCUGCUUUAAAACAGCUGCACUGGUGGCCAGUUUGCUUCUGGGGCCAACACAAGGUGCUCACAGUGUUUCAAGCCCUAAAUGACUCAGGCCCCAAAUACCUGAAAGACUGCCUCCUUCCCUACAGACCUUCCUGGGAGCUAAGACUGGCAGGGGGUGCCCUCUUUGUUGUUCAACCACCCUCACAAGCUCAGGGGGUGGUGACCCAGGACAGGGUCUUCUCUGUGGCAGCCCCUAAAUUGCGGAACUCCUUCCCCACAGAGUUGCGUCUUCAUUGCACAGCUUCUGGCGAACACUGAAGACGCACCUCUUUAUAACAGUGACACGAGGUGUAUAUUUUUAGGACGCCACCUUAUUUCUGUAAUUUUAAGUUGUGAAGCCCUCCUAUAGCUAGUGCUCAAGGAUGUGUUCCAAGACGGUGCACUAACCCAGAGGAAGCUUUCAUGCGCCAUCCAUGAGGCACUUCCACCCUUCCCCUUGUCAGCUCUGGGCUGGAACUGAGGAGAGUCAAGGUCAAAGGCAGCCUGUCUGGGAGAAACUUUGAUGUCUUCUGAGUUGUCACCUGAGGCAGUGAUGGCUGCCUGGCUUGUGACUGAGCAAAUUGUGUGUGUGUGUGUGUGUGUGUGUGUGUGUGAGAGAGAGAGAGAGAGAGAGAGAGAGAGGAGGGAAAGGUCAGCCAAUUGCCCUUCUCUUUUUCAUACAUUGUUUUCAUCCCAGAAUCUCUCUUUCUGUCAACUCCUUUUCUUGCCUUUGCUUGUCUUGCUGCCAUGGCCUUGUUCAAUCACCAUUAGUCAACCUGUGGCCCUCUGGAUGUUCUUAGGCUCCCAUCAAACCUUGCAGCAGACAUGGGUAGUGGUCAGCCAUGAUGAUACCUGUGGUCCAGGGUUUCCCAAGCUUGGGUCUUCAGCUGUUUUUGGACUACAAUUCCCAUCAUCCCCUGACCACUGGACUACUAGCUAGGGAUGAUGGGAGCCAUAGUCCAAAAACAGAUGGAGACCCAAGUUUGGGAAACCUUGCAUGGUCCAUCAACAUCUGGAGGGCCCUUGAUCUUCCACCCCUGCCUUUAUCAAUUCCAUUCUGAACUCUUCACCUAUGUCUCUUCUAGAAAUUGGCAGCUGAGUGUCAGAGUGCCGGCUACCCGGGCACCCUCAUCCCGUACAAGUGUGACCUCUCCAUUGAAGAAGAGAUCCUCUCCAUGUUCUCCGCCAUCAAGACCCUCCACCAGGGAGUUGAUGUCUGUAUCAACAAUGCUGGCUUGGCCCGGCCAGAGCCCUUGCUCUCUGGCAGGACUGAGGGUUGGAGGACGAUGAUUGACGUGAGUAGAGACCAAUCCAAUCUGUGGUUGUUGCUUUUUUUAAGUGGGUUUGUUGGGUGGAAACCCCUGUUGUCACUUUUCUCUCCCUGGCCUAGAUCCGCACCCACUGUCCUGCGCCUUGAGAGGCAGAAAUAUAGAGAGUGCAAGCACAUUGCUUUUCCAAGGCACCUGUGUGAGUGUCAAUGCCAACAGAACUCACCUGAGCCUUCCAGAGCCCAUAGAGUUGAAAGAGGAAGUGGGGAAAGAGUGUCAUUCUUCCAACUUCCUCCACCAGCUCUAUGUGCUUUUCAAGGGAGAGAAGGGUAGCCACCCGCAAGGGAGCAGGGCGUGAUGGUGGGGAAAACUUUGCAAAGUGAAAAUUUUGCAAAGAUGCUGAGGUGUUAUCUCCUGCUAUGCAGGAGUUAAAGACCAAGCAGUCAUUCAGAUUCACUGUGCAGUUAACUUACAGUACAAUAUGUAACCCGCCUUGAGUCCCAUCCAGGAAAAAGGUGGGGUAUAAAUAAAUUAAUAAAUUAAUUAAUAGUAGUAGUAGUAGUAAUAAUAAUAAUAAUAAUAAUAAUAAUACAAUGGGAUACAUGUCUACUGUAAAAUCUCUUUAUGUUUAAUGGAGCUUACUUCUAGGUAAGUGGAUACAGGAUUGCAGCCUAGACUUUGGCAGUGGGAGAAAGCAGGAUCCUUGUGCCUUUAAUGGCUCAGUGGCAGGCAGAAAUUCACCAGCUUAGAAAUACCUUUUCUAAUAGGGAAAUGCCGUUAUGGGGGAAACUUCCCCUGUUCACAUUCAGUCCGAUAUUUUAUUAUGCUGGUGACCACUGAUUUAUUUUGGUGACCUGCAAAAGACGGCACACAUUCAUAUACGACACAGAGCACAUGUGCAAAUUCUGCAAAUCUUUUGAGAGGGGUUGGAGGGCCCAAUCCACACAUGAUGUACCAGGCCCAGAAGAUCCUUUGGGCAACCGUGUUUGGGGAGUUAAUUUUCAUCAGGAUCGAGGCAUAUGCCAAGGGAAUGUUAAAAAGCCUUCAUGCCUGCAUCUCCCGGCGCUGAUCUUUAUCAACCACCCAAGCAAUUACUUAAAACAAUAAGGAAAAAAAAACACCUUGGUUCACAACUACAACCCUCAAUUAACUUACACAUCUAGUUUUCACUCUAAGGUAUUCCAGCAAAACAGCUAAACCUUAUCAGUUCCUAGGUUUGCAAAUGUUAAAAAAACAAACCACCCCAGUAUUAAAAUGAUAAAAGCUGGCAAUGGAAAGGAAUAGCAUGGUGUUUCCCUAGCCUCAAGAACACUUACCAAAAUGCAAAAGCCUUGACUAAUUUCUAGAUGGCGUUGGGCUUCCCCUGCCUUUCAGGUGAACGUGAUGGCUGUGAGCAUCUGCACCCGGGAGGCCUAUCAGUCCAUGAAGGAGCGAAGCAUCGAUGAUGGCCAUAUUAUUAACAUUAACAGGUGGGCGAAAGCAAAGCGAAGGGAUGGCGCAAUAGCAAUGCCCUUGAGUUAAGUUUUCACGCAAGACGUCUGAAGACGUUUAGACUAGCUUACCCAGAUGCUGGUGUAUUUAUAGUUUAUUGGUGGCUUUAUUUUUUUAAUGUCUUAAAUAGUUGAUUUAGCUGCUUUUGCCAAUAAUUUUAUUGUUUUCUUCUUUUUGUCAAGUGUUUGAUUUUUUGGGUUUUUUUUCUUUUUACACUUAAGCAGUACAGUGGUACCUUGUUUUGCAAACAGUCUGGCUUGCAUAUGUUUUGGAUUAUAAACACGUCAAACCCGGAAGUGCGUGUCCCGGUUUGCAAACUUUUCCAGGAUUACAACCCUUUUUUUUUGGAUUACAAACAAAUUUUUUUUGGAGACCCCAUUGGCAAAAGCGCGCCUUGGGUUACAACCUGUUUUGGUUUACAAACAGACCUCUGGAACAGAUUAUGGUUGUAAACCAAGUUACCACUGUAUAUAAAUUGUAGGGGGGAAAGAUAAAUAAAUGUGUGAAUUACAGUGGCUAAGCUAAAUGCUGUCAAGUUCAGGGCUAGUUUGCCAAACAGGGAGGCACAAUGAGCCAGAGAUUCUGCACACCAAUUUAUAAAGUCAUAACUUUCUGUGGAGUUCGACUUUGUUGUUCUGCAUCAGGGAAUUUUAUUUUCUCCCCCUUUCUGGGUUCCCUUCCAGCAUGAAUGGCCACAGCGUGGUCCCUCAGUCCGUUGUGCAUUUUUACAGCGCCACAAAAUACGCCGUCACGGCGCUGACUGAAGGGCUGAGGCAGGAGCUCAGGGAAGCGAAGACACACAUACGAGCCACGGUGAGUUUAGCUUAUGCCCGCUCUGGGUUCACCAACCUUUACUUAGCGCAUCAGAGUCGGUGCCAUGGGCAUCAGCGGCGCUAACGGUGUGAGACAAAAUGGCUGCUGUGGGCGAGGACAUAGCACAAAAUGGCAUCUGGGCUGGAGGGCGCAAUACAAAAUGGCCGCCGCAUCUGAAAGAGCAGGGGAAGGGCCACAAAACAGUGCAAGCACACUCCUUUCUCCCCAGAAUCAGUGGCCCCAUGAAUGGUGAGGGGAAGACGCCCUCCAGUGGUGUGAAUGGCCGCUCUCUUUGCCUGAGAUCUUGGGAGAGCUGCUGCCCAUCAGAGAAGGCAACACUGCACUAAAUGGAGCCAAUGGUCUGACCUGUAGCCCUCUAGAUCUUCUUUUGUCUCUGACCAUUGGCCACGGUGGCUGGGGCUGAUGAGAAUGGGCCUACAUCUGAAGGCCACAGGCUCCCCAUCUCCCUGCUCGACGUCACUUGAGAGGAGGUGGUCAUAUCAGAGCUCAGCAAAGUCAGGAUGAAUCCUUGCUGGACAUUUCCUGACUCAGGAACACAAAAAAGAUGCUUUAUACUGAGUCAGACCAUUGGUCAGGCAUAGGCAAACUCAGCCCUCCAGCUGUUUUGGGACUACAACUCCCAUCAUCCCUAGCUAACAGGACCAGUGGUCAGGGAUGAUGGGAAUUGUAGUCCCAAAACAUCUGGAGGGCUGAGUUUGCCUAUGCCUGCCAUUGGUCCAUCCAGUUCAGUAAUGACCAUGCCAGUGGACGGGAAAGCUUUGGCCCCUUCAGAGCUUGUUGGACUACAACUCCCAUCAUCCCUGACCAGCGGCCAUGUUGGUUGCAGCUAAUGGGAGAGAGGCCUACAGGUCCCCAUCCUUGGACUACAGGGACUGGUAGUGGCUCUCUGGGGUUUCAGACAGGUCUCUCUGUGUCCAGCCUGGAGAUGCUGGGGAUUGAACCUUGGAUCUCUACCACUCAGCUCUAAAAAUAAAAUAAGAUGCUAGUCCUCAUGCUGAAUUAAACAGGAAAGCAGGAAGAUGCUUUAUCCCAAGGAAGACCACUGGUCCAUCUUGCUUAGUAUUGUCUACACUGACUGGCAGCAGCUCUCCAGGACUUCCGGCAGAGGACAUUCCCUACCUGAAGAUGCUUGUGGUAGAACCUGAGACCUUCUGCAUGGAAAGCACACACUCUGCCCCUGAGCUCUUCCCCUAAAAAUGGAGCAAGUUUCCAGUCCUCAUGGUUCUGUUUAAAGAAUAUCCCUGGAAACUGCCUUCUACAUCCGUCCACCUAGCUCAGUGUUGCCUACACUAACUGACAGGGGCUCAGACCAGCACUUUCUCUCCCAACCCUACCUGCAGAUGCUGGAGAUUGAAUCUGGAACCUUUUGCAUGCAAAGCAGAUGCUGCACCACUGAGCCGUUCCUCCUUGACCUACAGCAGAUUACAGAGCCUCAGCAUCUGCCACGUUGCUGUUCGGCAGCCAGACUUAAUCUGCAGUUAUUUUUCUCAUCAGUGCAUCCGAUCCGUUCCUUUGGAUUGUGUAUGGGGGAGCUCUAUCCAUUAGACUUCGAGUGAUCAUUAAGGGCUGUCUUCUUGGAAAUGCUGCUACAAAACCGGCCAAUCAUUUCCCCCCAUAUCUUUUGCUCUGUCAUGAAAAGACGAGUUAGCAAAUCCCAUUAGGGUGCUGUGUUUUUGUUUGUUUGUUCCUUCCCUUUCUCUUUCCUUAGUGUAUCUCUCCGGGACUGGUAGAAACUGGAUUCGCUUUUAAACUCCACGAUAAUGACCCCGAGAGAGCAGCAGCGACGUACGAGAGCAUUAGGGUAGGUGGCUGAGUGCAUGGAUGCGACAGGCGCGGGAAGCAGAUGAAUUGCACAUGUUCAAAUAAUUUCGGUCUAUGUGAAGAGCCUGUUCUUUUCUGUGCACUGAGAUGCCUCUUAGCACUUCUGGCGGGGGUGGGAGAAGCGAUUUAUUAAUUUACUUACACUCCACCUUUCGUGCAAGGAGCGCAAGGUAGUUCUCCUCCUCCUCCUCCCUGUUAUUUCCUCACAGCAACCCUGCAAAGUAGUUUAGGCUGAGAGCGAGCAACUGGUCCAAGUUCACCCAGUGAGAGCUAGUCUGGCACACUAACCACUACACCACACUGCCUCAAUCUUUAUCUGUUGUUACAAAAAAAAAAGGACCUGUCUGCUGGAUCAGGCCAAACGUCCAUCUUGAUUCCUGCAUUGCAUGGGGUUGGACUAGAUGACCCUUGGCGUCCCUUCCAACUCUACAAUUAUAUGAUUCUGUGAUUCUAGCCCAGCAUCCUGAAGGAUAAAGGCUCUCGGGGGCAAGCAGGCCACCCUGUAAGAAGCAGGAGACACGGGGUAGGAGUCUUUCGAAAGCGAGGACCCCAAACCGUGAAGUGUAUGAGCUCAGCAAGAAGUCUUUGAGGGUGCACGCACUCCGAGGCCUGCUGCAACCAAACUAAUUCUCAUUUCUUCAUUUUCCUCUCUCCUUCCAGUGUCUAAAAGCAGAAGAUAUGGCCAACGCCGUCAUAUAUGUGCUCAGUGCUCCACCUCACGUGCAGGUCAGUCGAAAAACCAGCACAACCCCUUAAAUUCAAGGAGAAGAAGAAAGGAAGGCUCCUUUCCCGUCGACUAGGCCUCUGCAUCUGUUGGUUGUGCUGGAAAGGACAGAGUUGCAGGGGUUAUCUUUCCCUUCAGCUCGAUGUGUUCCUCAGGCUGGCGGCUGGCUCCAUGACAACCAGCCCUUGUCUCCUUUGCCCAGGGGAUGGGGAAGAACCAUAGAAUUGUAGAGUUGCAAGGGAGGGUGAUCUAGUCCAGCCCCUGCAAUGCAGGGAUCCUGCCCACAGUUUGCCAGCGGAUUCUGUGUGUGGGCCUCAGGCAAGUGCAGGAAAACUUUGGCCCUCCACAUGUUGCUGAGCUACAGCAAGAAUGGGAUCAAGGGAGCUGUGGUUCAGAGGGCCAAAGGUUCUUUACAUCUGGUCUAAGGUAGGCAGUGCUCAAAACUGUGUCAAAACACACUCACUCACUCACACACUGAUUGUGGCAACUGAGAUUUCUUUCCUGUGUCAGAACCAGGGGAUCUGUGGCUCUCUGGAUGCCACUGGGCUCCAGUUCCCAUGAACCUGGAUUAAUUGAGUGAAAAAACUUGUAUGCCGCAUAACCAUAAACGCAACCCAAAGCGGUUUACAAAACACUCAUGAAAUAUAUCAACAUGAGAUUACCAAUUCAUGUCAACAUUAAAAACAUCAGCUGGAGCUGAUGGAGAUUGGAAACGAAAAUGUUUGAAAGGCUGCAGCUUCCCGACCCCUGAUCUGUAAAAAGGUCUUCAUCGGUCAACAGAAGACCAUUAGAAAGGGAGCAAAAGAAGGUUCCGGAACGUAGCCGCAGGCCUUGAGAAAGCCCUUUCUUGAGUUCCUGUCAAAUGAGCCUCAGAUAUUAGCACAACAGAGAGAGGGGUUGUGGUAUUCAGAGUCCUCUUGCCUGGUUCAUGGUCCGGCAAGAGGUUAUUUUUGGGUUCAUUGGAAAUUCCUUCCAUCCUCUGGCAGAAUCCAUUUUCCUGGGACUAUGAGACACUUCACAGAAAGCGUGGUGUGGUGCCAUUUCUGGAAGGCGUCUAGAGAGAAUGCAACAUAACCCCCAGAUAGAUGUACCAGUGAACACACACACACUUGGAGCCUCCUUAAAAUUCCUAAAGCGUUUUGUUCUGUUUCAGUUCCACAGCACUUUGGCUGACAUGUGCCAUUGUCUCUUCUAGAUUGGUGACAUUCAGAUGCGGCCUACUGAGCAGGUCUCAUAGCAAAUGGAAGAGGAUUCGCUGCUGGUGCAGCACAGCAGGGGGUACGGAGCACCAUUGAUCUGCUCAGGGUUUUCCUUCUGUGACGUUUUAAGUGCUGCAAUAGGAAGAAUUGAUCCUCCCCCCCCCAUUACUCUCCCGUUUUGAGCCGACGUCAGCUGAGCGGAAACUCAAAAAGGAAAGGCGCAGUUGAUUGCGGAAGUCUUCUCCAUCGUGCUCUACUUCAUGCGGAAGUAACAGAGAAGCCGAUCCCAGAAUCCAACCUCAACUGACUUCAGGGGUGUGGGAGCUUAGGAUGUCCAAGACGGCCUAGCUGGCUUUUGAUGAAUGACUUACCAGCUUCCCUCCAUUGCUGAACUGCUGCCAACGUCACACUUCCCCGUAAAUGCUACGUGGAGCAUUCUUUCCUCAUUUCUCUUUGCUACCACCCCAAACUCUCGAAAUAUCAAGCCUCGGUUUCUGCAUCUCUCUCCAAUCCGUCUCUGAUGAGCACUGCAACAAUUCCCCCUUUGGAACCACAGGUGCUGAGGAUUCGCCUUAAUAUCCAUUUGGCUAGAAAGAUGCUUGAGCCAGGAGUCGCCAUUUUCUGCCGCAGAAUGACUCUGUUUCCCACCACCGCUUUAGCUGUUGCGACUUCCUUUCCAAAACAGAAUCCUGGGAAGUGUAGUUUGGAGAAAGGGGGUAACAGUGCUGUUAGCGACCUCUUAACAAUUCCCCGAUCACAAAACUACGCUUCCCAGGGUUCCUAGGGAAGAUGGGGGAUAGCUAUUAAACCAAAUUGUCUGUGGUGAGGCUAAACCUCCUUCAAGGCCAGCCUUUGCCAACCUGGUGCCCUUCAGCUGCUUUGGACUACAACUCCCAUCAGCCCCAGCAGUCAUUCAAAGGAGCUGGAAAGGCACCCGGUUUGCGAAGGCUGCUCUGGCCACCACAUUUUAUGAACAGUAAAGUAAUACAACAAUUUGUUAAUGAUGUAUUUGGUUCAUGUAAAAUGUUGGGUUGAACCACAGAGCCUAGGGCUUGCCGAUCAGAAGGUCGGCGGUUCGAAUCCCUGCGAUGGGGUGAGCUCCCGUUGCUCGGUCCCUGCUCCUGCCAACCUAGCAGUUCGAAAGCACCCCUAAGUGCAAGUAGAUAAAUAGGUACCGCUCCGGCGGGAAGGUAAACUGCGUUUCUGUGCACUGCUCUGGUUUCGCCAGAAGAGGCUUAGUCAUGCUGGCCACAUGACCCGGAAGCUGUACGCCAGCUCCCUUGACCAGUAAAGCGAGAUGAGUGCCGCAACCUCAGAGUCAUCUGGGACUGGACCUAACGGUCAGGGGUCCCUUUACCUUUACCUAAAAUGUUGGGGUGUGUAUGUGUGGAGCAAAUACAUUUUUAUAGAGAGAAGUGUGUAUGUUUGUGUGUAGUGCAAGGGCACCUCAUUGCAACUACCCACCUUUUUAAAACACAACAACCCUGCCUGGUUGUGCAUUCCAGGAGAGGAAUAGCGUACAACGAGACAGAGGAGACUUCCAGCUGCUUGAUUCAGCCAAUCUCAAAGAACAGUGAUGGAGUUGGGCAGCUGGUAGCUGCCUGAUGGGGCCACCAACUUAGAUGACUUAGGCAAUAUUUGCAGAAGAUGAACCUACACUCAUGGAGCCUCCAGGUGUAGCGGUAGUCUACCUCUUAAUUUCAGUUGCUGUGGGGCAAACAACAGGAGAAGGAGGUUGCCUUCAGACUCUGCUUGGAGUAUCUGGCUGACCAGUGUCGGAAACAGGACGUUCAGCAAGACAGGCUUUUGAUCUGAUUUAGCAGAACUCGUCUUACAUUUUGCCCACCUCUGUCUGAUGCUUUAAUCCCAAAGGCACACAAUAGGGAGUAAACCCUGCUGAGCACAAUAGGACUUCCUUUGGAGUAAAAACGCUGUUAAUGCUCCACAGAACCACUUCUCCCCCUUGAAUUACCAACCAUAUUUAGAACCAUAGAAUUGUAGAGUUAGAAGGGACCACAAGGAUCAUUUCACCCCACCCUUUCUCCAAAACACUCCAAUGUGUUCUGCAGAGGAACUGUUUAUUACGUGGGCUGCCUCACGCUGCCAGUUGCCUUGGUGCAAAUUUUCUGAACAGGGGUUUUCCUAAGCCAGACUCUCGGCUAUAUUUCUGCCGCCUGUUCGAAUCUCCCUUAGGGUGGGCUCAUUUGGAAUCAGCUGGACAGAACAGCUGGGAUUCUAGCACUGCAAUGGCAAAAUUAAAAAAUAAAGGAAGAAUUCUGUGUGUGUGUUUUAAAAAUCCCUCGAGUGAUGACAGUGAUGCAGAAAACGCUCUAACCUAUCAGUAUGUUCUUUAACUGUGAAUUGUAAAAUAAAAACAAAGGGGA